CAGAUAUCGGCAUUCCAGGGUAGGGUUUUCAUUGGAAAUUCUGUUAUUAAGAAAAUGGUAUCGCUAUUUCUGAAACAAACGAAUGAUUAGUGGAGGUCGGUUUGCAAGCUUUAAUCAGAAUUUUAAUGACUGAUGAAGGGUAUGUGGAAAAAGGCGAGUGUGCGCUAAGGAAUAUAUUGGGUAGAAAUGACAGCGCUUUUAAUUGUGCAUAGUUAUGUGUGAUGGUAGCAUAGCCUUCUAGUCACAUAACGAAUAGGCUGAUCAUGUCGACGAUUCGGAAGGCGUAUAUGGAAAUAUCGAAUGGAAUAAGAGGAUUAAGAUUGCAUAGAGAACAAACACAACAGACGACACAAAACGCGUCUAUCCAGAAGGACACAAAUAAGCAGACGACGAGCAACGGUUCAGCGCUUGGUAAUACGCAGACGGCAAGUAGAAUGGUGCGGUCACCGAAACCUCUAAUCGCGCGCAAAAUCCGCAGCUUGUUUGGGAGGUCUCAGCCAACAUCCGCCCGGGAAUUGUUUCUUGACGAGAGAUUUCUAUGUAAGUUCUUCAUGUUCUUUACUCCAGAAGAAAGAGGCAAGCUUUCUCAGGUAUGUAAAACGUGGAAGCACAUUGUGUAUCAACCCAAGUUCUGGAUCAAUGUGAUACCCGUAAUAGCAUGCAAAGAACUCAGCAAAAAGGAAGACGUGCGGAAGUGUUUCUACGAUAGCCUGCAACAACGAAGUGUGGAUGGUGUGUGUUUGUUCGGUGCCACAGACGAGGAUAUUGCUGAUUUUGUAAACCAUUUCUCUAAUUACAAGAAACAGAUACGUUCCAUAAGCCUCAGGUGUUCUAACGUUUCUGAUACCGGUUUGGAAGUACUGUUCAAAAGGCUUUCGUGUAUUUAUCGGCUUGAAAUUUCAGGAUGUAACGAAUUGACAGAAACUGGCCUGUGGUCAUGUUUAAAUCCCAAAAUAGUGUCCCUUAGUGUCAGCGACUGUAUCAACGUAGCAGACGACACGAUCGGGGCGGUUUCGCAGCUCUUACCCUCUCUUUAUGAAUUCAACCUGCAAGCCUACCACGUAACGGACGCCGCAUUGGCUUUCUUCAGUGCAAAACAGAGCUACACCCUGUGCAUACUCAGACUGCAGUCGUGCUGGGAAAUCACCAACCAUGGGAUUGUGAAUAUUGUCCAUUCCUUGCCAAACCUGACAGUCCUCAGUUUGUCAGGAUGCAGUAAAAUUACUGACGACGGCGUGGAGCUGAUUGCAGAGAAUCUCCGGAAAUUGCGUGUCCUGGACCUGUCAUGGUGCCCUCGCGUCACGGACGCCGCUCUAGAGUACAUUGCAUGUGAUUUGAACCAGCUGGAGGAGCUCGUCCUCGAUAGAUGUUCUCACGUUUCUGACAUCGGCAUCGGGUACCUGUCGACGAUGACAUCACUUGUCAAGCUGUUUCUGCGAUGGUGCACUCAAAUCAGGGAUUUCGGAUUGCAACACAUGUACUCUAUGAGAAAUCUGCGAGUGCUGUCUUUAGCAGGUUGCGCCCUGGUGUCCGGUCAAGGUCUCUGCGGCCUGACGCAGCUACGACACCUCGAGGAGCUGGAGCUGACCAACUGCCCGAGUGCAACGUGCGAAGUGUGCCUCUACCUGAAGGAGAACAUGCCACGAUGCAUGAUACUGGACUGAAGCGAUUAAAUUAGCAUUGUUCUGAGAAAACUGGGCUUAAUGC